AUGCAGAACCGCUGGUUCUCUAAUGGUCGAGCUUCCACCCCGAACCUUCCGCUUCUCACCGCUGGUGAUGGUCUUCUCCCGCCUCCCUUAAUCCCUCCCGACUCCUCUGACCCCAAUUCAUCGUACUCUACCCAUUUUCCCUCCCUUUCCCCUUCUCUUAGCCUGAAAAAAUCCAGAUCUUCUCCACAAACUGCUCCUCAUAAGAAGCUAGUGGAACAAGGAUCUGGGCAGUCUCUACCCGCAACUACUGAUGUCGCAAAAGCUCAGUCCUCCUCCAAAACUACGAAAGCCCCUAGAUCAAACUUGGAUGAUCCGAAGCUGAAAACUAUUGUUCUAGAGCCAAAAGCCUCAACAGAGAAUCACACUACCAAGGCAGCCGUAACUAACCAAAAAGCCCCUGCAGAUGUCGAGAUGACUCAAGCCGCGAACGAAAACCCUUCACUCCAGCCACAAUCGGACUCGGGAUCUAGUGGUACUGUUCCUGGAUCUGAUUGUACUGUUCAAAAAACCCUAUCCAAAGAAAAAAUCUUCACUAUCCUCCCACCAAAAACUACAAGCCCCAUCCUUACUAAUAAGGCCUCCUCCUCCUCAAAAAACCCUAAAACCACACCUGAAAUCCCCACCACCAAACCCCCUGUCUCAAUCCCAACUCCAAAACCCUCUCAGCCUGAAUCAGACAUCCCUCACCCUAACCCAAACUCUUCUCAUCCAACACUAGCCGAAAAAAUUAGAGUCUUCGUUGACAAGUCUUUAAAACGUUUGGCUCCAGUCACUUACUCAAAAAAAGGUACACCGAGAAUUCUCAUCCCUGAUGCAGUAUUCCAAGAAGGUGCAGAAAUUCACAAAGAUUUUAUUGUCUGCUACUUCAACGGAAGAGCUCCUCCCUACAGUCAAAUCCAGAGUGUACUGAACCACAUGUGGGGAAAGGGAAGAAGGCUAGAGAUUCACAACAAUCCCCUUACGAGGUCCAUGAUAGUAAGGAUUCAGAAUGAGUACCUGAGAACAAAAAUCCUUGAAAAAGGAGUUUGGUAUGUGGGUGACUCGAUGUUCCAUACUGCUAAAUGGACGGCUGCUCAUGCCUCAGUCGAUACGCCUCUAGUGUCCAUCCAACUUUGGGCUCACUUGACCGGUGUCCCACUAGACCUGAGGCAUCAAAAAGGACUUAGUCUCGUCGCUGGUUUGGUUGGAGAACCAAAAGAGACGGAUGACUUCACAAAGAAUCUAGUAAGUCUUACUCUCGCUCACGUUAAAGUGGAAGUGGAUCUUACAAAAGAACUCCCUUGGGUUGUUGAGUUUGAGAAAGAUAGUGGCGAAGUUGUGGAGGUCCAAGUAGAUUAUCCAUGGCUUCCUCCGAAAUGCUCUCACUGCCAAGAAUUGGGCCACAUAGCGAAGAACUGCCUGCUGCUUCCUAUGAUGCCGAGAGAAACUCCUUUUCGUCCAGUGAAAGAAAAACCUCAACAGGUUUAUCAAAAAAAGAAAGACAUUGCUGAUCCACAAAAAGAUUCCAUUGCCCUCCCUCUACCUUCGAAAAAGCCAAUCCAUGUCUCCAAGGCAGGAGUCGGCCCCUCUUUAGAAAUCGGUAUUGCAAACCCUGCCCCUCCCUUAAAUCUCCCUAAAACCCCAAUCCCAACCCUCCAAUCUAACCCUUCCCCUACUACCUCUAUCUCACCCCCUCCCUCUACUGUACCUAAAAAUCCCACCCCUUCCGAUUCCACUACCUCGGUUAUCAUAGCGCUCCCUGCUACAAUAACCCCAUCAGGUGAUCCAUACCCUUAUAGCCCUCCUCCACCGCCUAACCUCUCUGGUCUAAAAAGAUGUCGUUCAAGUCCCACUCUUUCGUCCCCUAAACAACUAGACCCAUCUCGUCUUAAGCCCUCUUUUGUUCCCCAAAAUCCUCAUCCUCAAACUCUUUUCCCUCCCCCAUCUCAGACUCACUUACAAAAUUCCUUCUCCUUAUUAACUGUCCCUUCCUCUUAUGAAGAUCCCUCCACCCAAGAAGAGUCUUUACCCUCUACCUAA